CCUGUUAAGGUAGCAGAGAGAAGAAGAUGGGUUUUCAGAAAGAAGAGCUGGAUGUUAUCCUGGUCCCAAGCGGAUUACUGAUCAUGUUUAGUUACCAUCUCUACCUCCUUUACAGAAUUAUAAGACGUCCUGAGACCACUGUGAUCGGCUACGAGAACCACAACCGAAUGGCCUGGGUUGAGAGAAUGAUGAAGGUUGAAUCAAGCAACCUUGCGCUAGCUCUGACAGUGAUCUCAAGCAAUACAUCCGCAGCCACCUUCCUUUGUACCGUGUCCAUCAGUCUGAGCUCCCUCAUUGGAGCCUGGGUUGGGAGCUCUUCAGAUAAUAACGUCUUCCUGAACGACCUGAUCUAUGGAGACACAAGCCAAUCUACAGUCUCCAUCAAGUACAUCAGUCUGCUUUCAUUCUUCCUCGUUGCCUUUGCAUCGUUUGUGCAGUCGGCGAGGUACUUCGUCCAUGCUAACUUCCUGAUAAGCACGCCAUACACCGAUAUGCCGGUGAAGUAUGUGCAGAUGGCAGUAAUAAGGGGGAGCAAUUACUGGGCGCUCGGGCUUCGGGCGCUCUACUUCGCCAUUACUUUGUUGCUGUGGAUUUUUGGUCCGAUCCCAAUGUUUGCUUCGUCGGUGGUUUUGGUGAUCCUCUUGCAUAUUGUUGACAGCAAUUCUCACCCACUGCAUCAGUAUAAGCAGCUUCAUGGUCAUGGCCACCGCCUGUUGGAGAAGAUAGGUGAGGAACUGAACGCUGUAGUUAGGGCCGUCGAGCAUCGUGUUGAGUUAGAUGGAACAGAAAGCACAAUCACAUAGUCAUGAGAUGAUUAAAGAUGUUUGUAGUGAAAUUAAUACCGGAAUAUUUUAUGUGAAGUUGUAUAGGGAAAAGAGUAAAGUUGGGAACAUAACAGAUUUCCCUUAUUCACGGAGAUCUGUUUCCAAUAGAAAUGAUGAUUAGCAGGCACCCAGAACAGAAUCCCACAAUCUGUUCCCUCC